UGUAAACUGGGAAACAGAGGGACUUACUGUAAGUCAGGAAUGUUUUUGUCGAGGAAUGCCAACUAUAACCACCUGAUCCUGCAUUUGAGACAAGACCGGAACCCGGUUGCACCUGCUUAGUCCGCUCCUGCUGUAGUCGGAGGCCUUAUAUUAAUUAUAAAGUAUAUCCAGUGUUUUACACCAUGGGUGACUCUUACCAGAACCCUGUCUUCUUCGAGUGUCCCAGUAUGGACGAAGAACUAAAGAAGAAAAUCGAGAAUUGCUUUCGUGUGCGUCGCAAAACUGGAGGUGGAGACUGCGGAUCGAUCACAAACGUCCACGGUGACGUUUACAGCAUCGCUUUUAAUAAGCGAGAUGAUCAGGAAAGAGUCCUGCAGAGAUCUGAACAUGUGUUGGAGUUAGCAGGGGGUCCUCUGGUGCUGACUGUGCGAAGCACCCCUGGACCUUCCACCGGCUCUCCCAUCACAUCCACGACUACAAGCAAGUCAGUUAGACCAAAACUGGACUCAACAUCAUCACAGCAGACACAGCCGUCCAGUUUUACCUCAAGCCUGCUAACAAGUGAUGAAGAAUAUGAACUACGACGUGAUUCGCACCUCCUACGUUAUCUAAAGGAGUGCCCCAAGGCUGUGAAAGAAUUAGAGGAAGGACUCACCUCUGUGGCCUGCUCUGCCCAGCUGUACCCAGAGGAGGGGAGGGUUUUAGUUAGCCGGUUAGCUCAAGCUGGUGCCGUAGAUGAUGUCACAAAUUGGAAAGCCGAGGUAGACAAACUCUUAGAUGGCUACCUGUGCCACUAUGAGGUGGACCCUCACAAAGUAAAAGCUUUACUUCAGUCCUGCAGCUCUCAUAAUACCACAGAUGAGGUGAAGGUGUACGGAGAGAAUGGGAUGGCCGUUGUGGUUGGGGAGCGUUCUCAAGUGAACGCCAGGUUGAUGGAUCUUGAGGACUCGUCUGUUAAACGACGGUCAGGUUCCUGUGAGAAGCAAACAAGCAUACGUCGACUGGGCGACGCCAAGCUCCGCCUCCUCUGGAAAGAGAUUGAGCGCAGUUUGCGACAAGAUUUUCCAGGAGUGAAGGUCACGCAGGGAGCUGCAGGUCAGUUAGUUUUGGAAGGUUCUGUGGAGGAGAUUCUUAAGGCUGGAGAAUGGAUCUCUGAGCAGGAGAAUUUUGUGUUAGAAAGGACAGUUUCUGACAAGAGCCCACAUUUUUUGGCCUUCUUGAGAAAGGCAUACAAAGGUCCAGAGAAGCUAGGGGACUUUUUAGGGGUUGGUGGCAAGGUGGAAAUAGAGUUACGAGAUACAAAAGUACAUUUCUUCUCUGUCUCUGCUGAUAAACUGGAUGACGGAAAAAAACUAUACGAAAAAUUCAAGGAAGUCAAGAUUGAUGUUCCUAACUGCUCCUCUGUGCCAUCUGGUCUUCGGGAAAAGCUAAAGUCCAAGACAAAUGAGAUGAACCAAAGCCAAUACAGGGCUCAGGUUGUGUUUGGCUCAGACAGUGCGGUCUGCCUACUGGGCCAUACCAAAGAGGUUGAAGAGCUCAGUGAAGUUGUCGUGCAGUUUAUUUUGGACGAGUCAAGCAUAGAAGGCAAAGUCAUUCUUCCUUACCCAGAGUUAGCACAACUCUUACCGCAAUUGCUGAAGCUGCAUGGUUUUGACUAUUCAGGUGUGACCUUCCAUCCUUUAACAUCUUCCUCUGGGCCCAUGUUGGUGAUGGAAGGUCCAUCCGGAAAAGUGACUGAUGUCAGAAACUGGCUAGGUCCAUUUCUGGACUCCCUUGUUCAUGAUAGAGUCACCAUUGACCUCCCAGGGGCUGUAAGGUAUUUUGAAAGUCCCUCUGGAAGAGACAACAUUUUAAGUGUUGCUAAGUCUCAAAAGUGUCUCAUACAGCUUCAGGAUAAGUUUCACGCUACAAGACAGAUUUUGGCAUCUGGUGUAGGAUUGAGUGAAGUAAACACAACGGCUGCUAGCUACAGCCUUCGGGACGGGUUCCAGGUUCUGGUGUGUCAGGGUGACAUCACCAAACAGGAAGCCGACGCCCUGGUGAACGCUGCCAAUGAAGAUCUGGACCACUGUGGUGGGGUUGCUGCUGCACUGAGUAAGGCGGGUGGCCCUGAGGUGCAGAAGGAGAGCAGAGCUAUAGUAAAGCAGAUUGGAAAAGUUUGUACAGGUGAUGUGGUAGUGACCACAGCGGGGAACUUAAACUGCAAGAUACUGCUGCAUGCUGUUGGGCCUGUAGGAGGAAAAUCAGGUGGCAGAGAGAGGAUGUUACUGGAAAAAACUGUCCAGUCUGCUCUGAAUUUAGCAGAGGGGAUGGAGUGCAGGUCCAUAGCCAUGCCCUGUAUCAGUUCAGGUGUGUUUGGUGUUCCUGUCGCUGUGUGCUCUGACGCUAUUGUAACUGCUGUUAAGAAGUUUGGCAGUGAGGGAGGGCGAAGUCUGAACAGAGUUAUCCUGAUUGAUAACAGAGUAGAGGUGGUGAGGGCCAUGCAGGAAGCAUGUGACCGGCUUUUCCAAGGGAUAAGUAGCGCAAACGCUGCACCAAGAGAUCAAGGAGGAGCCGCUGCUGGACCUCCUGAAGAUGGUGUCCGUGUAGAGAUCAUUCAGGGAACCAUGGAGACCCAGCUGGUGGAUUGCCUGGUAUCCCCUAUGGUUGGCCAUGAUCCCAUCUCGACCCGUGUUGGAAAAGCUCUGUCAGACAUGAUUGGACCUCAGCUGACUGCAAAGUUUCAUAUGGAAGCAGGAGGAGCCACAUUGCCUGGUGACAUAGUUCUGGUGGUGGACAUACCUAACCUUCAAUCUAAAGGAGUGUUCUUCCUCAACCUUCUCCCCUGGGAUAAUAACCAACAUGGAUCUGCAAUCCAGGUUCUGAGACAGGGUAUCAGAAAAAUUCUGGCUUCCUGUCAUAUCAGAGGCUUCAGUUCAGUUGCUUUCCCUGUGCUAGGGACCGGUGUUGUCCUUCGUUUUCCUCACAGCGUGUCAUCAAGGGUUGUCCUGGAGGAGGUCCGUAAAUUUGAACAGGACCGGGUCACCAACACAUCUCUCCUGGUCCGUUUUGUCAUCCACCCCAACAACAAAGAUUCUAGCAAGGCCUUCCAGUCUGCCCAGGAAACUCUGCAUCUCAGAGGAUUCACUAACGACGUAAACCCAGACCAAGCUUCCUUUUACCGCCAUGUCUCCCUAACUGAUGAUGAGGUCACAGCCAUGCUGGGUGGGGUCAAGCUUCAGAUGGUCCGCGGUGACAUCAUUCAGGAGAGCACUGAUGUCAUUAUCAACACAACUGACUUCUCCAAAAACCAAUCUGGUGUGUCUAAAGCCAUUGUGACUGCAGCAGGGCCCAGUGUCCAAGCAGAGUUGGCACAAGUGGGCAUUCCAGCGGACUUCAUGUGCACCACAGGAUCAGGGUUGCUUGGCUGUAGGGAAAUCAUUCAUGCUGGCUUCAAAUGCGACACCAAGAUUAUUCGGAAGAAUUGCAAAAAGAUACUGAAGCAGUGUGAGAGCAAAGGCUACAGCUCAGUGGCCUUCCCAGCCAUCAAUACGGGUGCGGGUGGUAUGGACUCUGCCACAGCUUGUAAAGCCAUGCUGGAUGGCAUGACAUCAGCUAUUAGUGAGUUGAAACUUAAUUCCCUCACACUCAUUCGCAUUGUCAUCUUCCAGCAACCGGUCUUCCAGGCUUUCAGAGAAGAGCUGGAGAAACGCUUUGGACAAACAGCUGCUCGCCACCUCAGUCUUAGAGAUAAAGCUAAACAAAAGCUCAAGAAGUUACAGGACAAGUGUUCAAGAACCUCCCCAACUUCAACACCUCAAGGCAAAACCUUCGCCUCUUCAAAGCCACCACCAGCUGUAGUAAGUGUGAUCAGUUGUGGUAGGGACACCAUAGGGACAAUCAAGAGAGAUUUGGAGGGGAUCCUGCAGAAGCAGCUGGUAGAGAGAGAGGUGGAUGUUGAUCAUUUUUCCAGGCUUGAUGGUAUGGAGCUGGAGGCGGUGCAGGCCAAAGUCAAAGUCUCAGGUGUAAGCCUGGAGUACAGGAAACGUCAAAGGUCUGAGGGUGCGAACGGAAACAGAGCAGGAAACACAGCCAGAGCUGAAGCUAGAGAUCGGUCAGGGUCAGGAAGAGAGGUCUAUGUAUUGACAGGCCUAAAAGAGGAUGUGUUGGGCGUCAUUGAGCUUGUAAACCGAGCGAUCCAAAUUUCACUCUGUGAAGACCUCCAUGAUAAAGAAGAAGCCAUGUUGGCUUUUACUGUCCAGUGGUCAAUUCAGGAUAUAAAUAAAGUAUGGCACGAGGUAAGCCUGCGUGACAACUACAUGCUGGAGGAGGCUCACCUGAAGGAACAAGUGUCUGUAGAUGUGACAGCGCCAGACGGCACGAUGCUGAAAGUAAACCUGAGGGCACGAGAAGCCACCAAUUGGCUAACAGGCAUCGUGAACAAAGUGAAAAGGAACGAGACUGAUGCCUUCGAGUUGCCAAAACAUUGGGAACCUCUGCAUGAAGAAUUGUUCAAAAAGGUCGAGCUGCAACCGAACUCACCAGAGUACCAGACUGUCGCCAAGGACUUCCGCAAAAAGGCUAAGUACAACAUCCACAAAAUUGAGCGGGUGCAAAACUACUACCUGUGGUAUGCCUAUACUGUGUGUAAGCAGCGGAUAUUUGCCAAAAAUGGCCCAGCAGACCUUGGGGAGAAGUCUCUCUAUCAUGGCACAUCAGCAGAGUCAUGCAACUGCAUUGAAAAGAACAGAUUUGACAGGAGCUACGCUGGAGCAAACGGUAAAUUGUUUGGAAUGGGAGUUUACUUUGCCGUCAAUGCAGAGUAUUCAGCCAACCGGUUCUGCCCAGCAGACGCGUCCGGCUUGAAGAGGCUGUAUGUGGCUCGUGUCCUGACCGGCCGUUACACUCUCGGCAAUCCUUCCAUGAAAGCAACCCCUCCUCGAGGCUCCGACCCCACAGACUGCUUCGACAGUUUGGUGGACAACCAGCAGCAGCCCGGCAUGUUUGUGAUCUUCCACGAUGACCAGGCCUACCCAGAAUACCUCAUCACCUUCAACUGAGUAGAACUUAAGUAAGUUGCGGUUCAGCACGGUGCUGUGGUGUCAAAACAAAUCCUGGUUAAAUAGUACAAAAGUAGCGAUACCUUACAAUGUGGCAUCAAUUUUCUAUUAUCAGUUAAUGUUUUCUUUUUUUUUUUCCGGGGCUGAUUUUGAGUUGUGUUCAUUUCUCAGCAGCACAGAUAUACUUUCAUAAUACUGUAAAGCAAAAACAACCAGAUGUGAUGACAAAUAGACAAGAUGUUAUCUCAGCUGAUUAACUUGAAUUAUUCAACAUUAAACAAACGGGUUAAACUAUCUGUGCCAAGGUAAUGAUUUAUUAAAAGUGGUGUAUUUGGGAAGAACUAUUUUUAUGAUAGACAUGAUAUAAUAUGUAGAUUUUGCAACAAAAUAAUCCAAAGUAUAUAUAUGUUAGACAUUAUUUUUCUGUGAAUGGUGAAAAAGAAUACAAGAGCAAAAAGAGCAGUGUCUGUGUUUUUGUAAUGGCUCCAUUUAUUGACAAUUUCAGAGAGCUUUCCUAACAAUGUAAAUAAAAGACGUAUAAUGAAAUGAUGAUUUGUACAUGAAAUUAUAAAAAAGUUAAGAACAUUUACCUGAUCUACCAAUAAAUAAAAAAAUUCAAAAAGGAAACUAAUGAAAAUGAUACAAGUCUUAUUGCUUAAAAUGUUCUAUUACAAGAAUCAGUUAAGUGAGAAUGAAGAAAAAAACAUUUAUUUUCCAUUUUGAACUGAAAAACAGAGUCACAUUAAAUUUAGCAAUCUUUGGACCAUUAUUAAAAGUUU